UUAAAUAUGUCACGCCAUUAUAGGGAUCACCUUCAACUGAAGUCCAACAAUGCUUAACAUGGGCUACCCAACAACAACAUAAUUUUUGUUAUAUUUGGUUAGUUUCUUGAAAUCAAUUAUAAAACAUUCACCAACUCUUUGCAUUUCAAGAAUCUGUGCAGAAAAAAUGUGGAUUUUCGGGUGGAAAGGGCCAUCUGGGUUCUCAGCUACAGCAACAGCUGAGCAGGUUACUCAAGGGGUUGAUGGAACUGGACUCACUGCCAUCAUUACAGGAUCAUCGAGUGGUAUUGGUGCUGAGACUGCACGUGUUCUUGCUCUGCGUGGCGUACAUGUGGUUAUGGCGGUACGGAAUUUAGAUGCAGGUGGAAAUGUCAAAGAAGCAAUACUUAAGGAAAUUCCAUCUGCUCAGAUUGAUGUUAUGCAAUUAGAUCUUAGCUCCAUGGCAUCAGUCAGGAAAUUUGCUUCGGAAUAUAUGUCCUCCGGUCUUCCUCUGAAUAUCCUGAUUAAUAAUGCAGGCAUUAUGGCAACUCCUUUCAUGCUUUCCCAAGAUAAAAUUGAACUGCAGUUUGCAACAAACCAUGUCGGUCAUUUUCUUCUAACGGAUCUUUUGUUGGAGACCAUGAAAAACACAGCACGUGAAAGCAAUCAGGAGGGAAGAAUUGUCAACUUAUCGUCAGAAGGUCAUCGCUUUGCAUAUCGUGAAGGGAUUCGUUUCGACAAAAUCAACGAUGAAUCAGGAUACAAUAGCAUAUUUGCUUAUGGGCAGUCAAAGCUGGCUAACAUUUUGCACAUUACUGAGCUAGCUAGGCGCCUUAAGGAAGAUGGAGUGAAUAUAACUGCUAACGCUCUUCAUCCUGGAGCAAUCGGCACUAAUCUUCUGCGUUAUCACAGCGUUAUCGAUGGCAUCGUAUCGCUGGUUGGUAAAUAUGUGCUGAAAAAUAUCGAGCAGGGUGCAGCAACUACAUGCUAUGUAGCAUUGAAUCCACAAGUCAAGGGAGUUACAGCUCAAUAUUUUUCAGACAGUAACAUAGCCAAACCAAGUUCUCAUGCUAAGGAUGCUGAUUUGGCCAAAAGACUUUGGGAUUUCACCAUCAGAUUGACCAAUCCUAACUAGCUUAAUGAUCUUCUCAACGAUGAAUUGUUUUGACCACUGGGAUAUUGUUAUUCAUGGUAUUGAUCAGACUCGAUAUCAUCUAGAUGGAAGUAGUGAUCCCAUUGAAUUUUAAGGCCCAAAAUUGUACUCUCUAAUUGGGACGAAAUCAUAAGUUAUGACGAAAUAAGGAAAAACUAAAUGAUCCAUUGUUCCUGCUUAAUCGGUUAAAAAACGGGCAGAGAAAAUGUCUCGAGCCGAUGUUUGAGUACCGGACACUACCGUACUGAAGUAACUAAUGUCAUAUUUCCAGGAAAAGCUAUUCUAUUA